AUGAUUAGUAAAAAUAUAUUCCUCGUUAUUUUGGCAGUUGUUACCUUGUGUGGAUUCACAAAUUGUGAAAUUACUUUAGAAAAUGUAUAUCAAGAAGUGCUGGAGUUACGUGGUGCCGUACGUACUCUGGAGACGAAAUUAAAGAUUCAGGACAGCCGGAUUAGUGACCUGAUUAAAACUGUUAGAAGACAAAGAAUUGUUCUUAACCAAGCCAUACUAGGAGAAACAGGCAGAGGCAGAUCAGAAAAAAACUCUACAAACAACCUUACCUCCCCGGACCAAAUCAACAAAUCAAAUAUUUUCCCUUCAAGAAAUGUUUCAAACACUGUACCUGCAAAGUCUUUAGCCCGGCUGGAAAAGAGACUGUUGACUGGGAUAUCUUCAACUGCUCCACUAGAUGUUACAGUUAAUAUCGUUGCCUUUUACGCAUAUUUAUCAACUGUACUGGCUCACACCAACUUAGGACCUGAUCAUACCAUCAAAUUUGACGUCGUAAAAACCAAUCAAGGACAAGGUUAUCACUCUGGCUCUGGUGUUUUCAUCGCACCACAGUCUGGCUUUUAUGUUUUCACCUGGACAGUUAGGGUUGGCGCAUAUAAUUCAUCUCCAGAAUAUCAUUCAUCGGAAAUUGUCAUUAAUAAUAGUGUUUACGGCAGUGCAUAUGCACUAGCGAUACCAGCCAGCAGUAGAGACGACAGUGGGACCGGAACUGUAGUUGCACAUGUCAAUCAGGGUGAUGACGUAUAUAUCAAAACGCAUUCUUCACACAAAGGUAAUGGCGGCAUCCUAAGUGAGGGAUUUGGAAGAUCUUCAUUUGCUGGAUGGAAAAUAAAUUAAAUAU